AUGGAUGAGGACUAUGUAUUUGUGUCGAGGCCGGAUGAGGCGCCAUCAGACUCUCAACUCAAGACGCGACACCUUGCUGAAAUCGACUGCUUUAUUGAUAAGCUCGAGCCUGCCCUGUGGCCGUUGAACUGCUUUAUACACGACAACCCAGAGCUCGGCUACAAAGAGUUCAAGACGCACGAUGCAUUGACCAAUUUUAUGAAAAGUCACUCAGGAUGGACCGUAACGCGCUCAGCGUACGGAAUGGCAACGGCGUGGGAAGCCAUCUUCGAUACUGGCCGGGCGGGGCCUGUGGUUUCAUUCAACGCAGAAAUGGAUGCACUGCCGAAUCUAGGCCACGCAUGUGGACACAACCUCAUUGCAAUGGUGUCUGUGGCUGCUGGCCUCGCAACUGCAGAAAUAGUUGACCAAGAAGGUCUUCCCGGCAAGGUCAUCAUAGUCGGCACGCCAGCAGAAGAAGGCGGCGGCGGCAAGGUCAAGCUGCUGGAAGCGGGUGCAUAUAAAAACACGGAUGUGUCCCUGAUUUCGCACCCUGGGAUCCUCAACAACAGCCCAAUGGUCAGAACUACCGCCUUUACCAGACUCGAUGUGGAAUACCACGGCAAAGCAGCACAUUCGGCCAAAAACCCGUGGCAAGGCGUCAAUGCGCUCGAUGCCAUGGUCAUUGCCUACAAUGGUAUCUCCGCGAUGCGUCAGCAAACCAGGUCAGAUGAUUUCAUCGGUGUGCAAAUUAUACAUGGUGGCGAUAGACCGAAUUAUAUUCAUGAAUAUGCGGCUGGAGCUGCGGUUCUCCGCGCGUCCACCGCGCCUCAUCUGCAUGAGCUGCAGCGCAAGGUGGAAGGCUGUUUCCGCGCCGGGGCCGAAGCCACAGGAGCGACCGCCGAGAUUCAAGUCCGGCCGGGAUACCUCGAUCACAUGCCCAAUCGCGUCCUGGCAUCGUCUUUUGCAAAGUACUGGCAUGAAAUGCCCAAUGCCCCAGAUCCGCCGCUGCCACCACCCGGGCAGUACACAUAUGUCAAGUCGAGCACGGAUCAGGGAAAUCUGAGCUAUGCCCUGCCCAGCAUGAAUGUCAGCUUUGCUAUUCCGCCGGGGCCUGAGCGUGGACAGCCGCAUAGUCCGGAUUUUGAACAGGCUUCAAAGACACGAGGGGCAUUCGAUCGCGCGAUGAGGGUGGCGAAAGCCAUGGCUGGUACGGCGAUGGACAUUUAUACGGUGCCGGGGCUGUUGCAGAAAAUGAAGGACCAGUGGAAGCGUGAUAUGAACCAGGAUCAAGACGCCUAG